AUGUUUUUCAAGAACGAACUUCUUGCCCUCGCCUUAUCGGUUGCUACCGCUGAGGCUGCCUACAAGGGUUUCAGUUAUGGCGCUUCCAAUACCGAUGGCACUGCCCGCACUGAGGCCCAAUUCAAGGCCCAAUUCCAGAACGCCAAGAACCUGGUUGGCACCUCUGGCUUCACCAGUGCUCGCUUGUACACUAUGAUUCAAGAAUAUACUACCGACACCAUCAUUGAGGCCAUCCAGGCCGCCAUCGAUGAGGAGACCUCCCUCCUACUUGGUCUCUGGGUCUCCGGUGGAAACGUUGACAACGAAAUCACUGCUCUCAAGUCCGCUAUCUCCACCUACGGCGAGCAGCUCGCCAAGCUGACCGUCGGUAUCUCCGUCGGCAGUGAGGAUAUGUACCGUAACAGUGUUGCUGGUGCUGGAAGCAAUGCUGGCCCUGGUGUUAGCGCUGAUGAUCUCGUGACCUACAUCAAGCAGGUCCGUGAGGCUAUCAGUGGCACUUCUCUAAGCAGUGCCCCCAUUGGUCACGUCGACACCUGGGACGCCUGGACCAACACCACCAACUUGGCUGUUAUUGACGAGCUUGACUGGCUCGGUUUCGACGGCUACCCCUUCUGGCAGAGCUCUGAUAGCAAUGACAUCAGCAACGCCAAGGCUCUCUUCGACGAGUCUGUCGAGAAGACCAAGGCUGUCGCUGGCGACAAGGAGGUCUGGAUCACCGAGACUGGCUGGGCCGUCACCGGAGACAAUGAGGGUGAGGCUGUUGCUUCCAUCGCCAACGCCAAGAAGUACUGGGACGCCGUCGGCUGCUCGCUCUUCGGAACCACCAACACCUGGUGGUACAUCAUGCAGGACUACGGUGACUCCCCCAGCUUCGGUAUCGUCGGUGAGACCCUUUCCACCACCCCUCUCUUCGACCUGAGCUGCCCUUCCGACUCUUCCUCCACCUCCUCUUCCUCCAGCGCUGCUACUGCCUCCGGUGUCUCUGCUACUGCCUCCGGUGUCUCUGCUUCUGGUGCCUCCGCUACUAGCUUCGUCUCAUCCGUUGGUCACUCCGCCACCCGCUACCGCAGCGGAACAGCCGCCACCGCUACAUCCACUCCCCUGAUCAAGGCUUCCGGUACCUCCCUCUCCGCCAGCUCAUCUGCUUCCGGCUCCAGCUCAUCUGGUGUUGCUGCUGCCUCCACUACCGCCACCUUCAACGGUGCCGGCCGUACCUCUAGUUCAGUCUUCGGCGCCAUCGUCGCUUUCCUCGCUCUCGCUAUCGCUGUUUAA